AUGCAAUUCAAGAUCGCUCUCGUUGCUCUCUUUGCCAGCGUUGCCAUCGCCGUGCCUACUGGCGGUGACAAGCCCGGCCACGGCGGCGGUGGCGGUGGCAGCGGCGGUGGCUCCACCCCGUACGACCCUUGCUCUGGUCUGUACGACAGCGCUCAGUGCUGUGCCACCGAUGUUCUUGGAGUUGCGAACCUUAACUGCGGUUCUCCCCCGGCUGUCCCAACUUCUGCCGAUAACUUCAGCAAGGCGUUGUCCGUGCCUAUGAGCAUUCUCGUGGUUAUCACAGUGCAGUCCGGUCUUGGAAAAGACAUGUGGACACUCACGCCAGAUCAGAUUAACGGGUUCUUCAAACUUUUCUACAUCAGCGAGCAUUUUUACGCAUUCACGGUUCUUUUCGCCAAAACCAAUUUUCUUUUCUUUUAUUUACGCCUCUUUUCCGAUAGCCGAUUCCGCAAAAUGACAUGGGGCGUCAUCUGGGCUUGUAUCAUCUCGGCGAUCUGCUUUCUUGGCGCUACGAUGUUCCAGUGCUGGCCAAUCAGCUACACGUGGACGAGAUGGGAUGGACAGCACCAGGGCCACUGCCAUGAUAUUAAUCUGCAAACUUGGAUUCACGCCAGUGUAAACAUCACCUUGGACAUCAUUGUAGUUAGCAUGCCGAUCUCACAGAUCUUGAGGCUGAACUGGCGUUGGAGGCAAAAGAUUGGAGCCGGCAUGAUGUUUGCAGUGGCGCUUCUUGCGAACUUGGCAAGAGAAGGAUAUUCUGUCUUCCUCAUCGAAGCCGGCGGAAACAACGGAGACAACCCUCUUCAGCAAAUUCCGGGCAUGGCAGAUGUGAACGCUGAAAAUCCGGAAAUGUCUUGGCAAUUCUUCGUUUCGCACUACCGCAACGACACCCAGGCUCGUCGCGAUCGCUAUUUCACCUACCGUCUUGCCAACGGCACUUUGUGGUACGGCCUGGAACCGCCUGAAGGAUCUACUCCGCUCGGCAUUUACUACCCCCGAGGAGCUACUGUUGGGGGUUCUGCAAUCUCUAAUGCCAUGAACGUCGUACUACCGCCUGACAACGACUGGAACUACUUUGCUGAGAUAACAGGAGACGAGUCCUGGGCAUCUGAUAACAUGCGACGACAUUUCAUGGAACUGGAGCGGAAUACCUACGUCCCGGAAGGAACCCCAGGCCACGGUUUUGAUGGAUACAUCUCGACGAACCGAAACAAUAUCUCAUAUGUGAUCGACCGCCCCGGUGUUCUUCGCGUAGUGCAGAACGCGAUCUCGCAGACAGAGGAAACUGAAAUCCCCAGCGUUGACCGGGUAGUGGAACUGAUGGAAAGGGAUUUGAACCGCCCUGAUUCUAACCGCUAUGAGAUACCUGGUCUCUACCAAAUACCCCUUCAUAUUGACGAAAGACGACGAAGGAGCAGCCCUUGGAAUAUCAUUGCCGAAACUCUGGGCGCCAGGAAGGAGGAUGGCUCACCACUUUAUCCUCUAACCCUAAGCACUCACAGUUUAGCAACUCGUGUUCUGACUCGAAAGGUCGGUUCCAUCGUCAAGGCAUACGGUGUGGAGUAUGUUGUCGGUGAAGGCAUGUACGAAGCUGAUCGCCGUUACGACCCGUCUUUUGAGGGGGAGUUGAGGACUGUGAAAGCCAAGAAAGAGGUCAUCGUUGCUGGUGGAGCCUUCAAUACCCCUCAAUUGCUCAAGCUCAGUGGUAUUGGACCGCGUGAGGAAUUGGAGCGUUUUGGUAUUGACGUCCAGGUCGAGCUUCCCGCAGUGGGAGAAUACCUCCAGGAAAAUUAUGAAGCUGGCAUCAACAUUCGUUCUGCGACUUUGUGGGAGAACAGCCGCUUCCUGGAGUGCAACCCGGACACUGCAGAAGCCGAUCCUUGUCUUCAACAAUGGCAGGCUGGGUACGGCCCAUACGGCGAGGGGGCAGCGCCAAUGUUCAUGCUAUACCGAACGAACCAGUCGAAAAACGCAGACGCUGAUCUUAUCAUGUUCGGAGGAGCAGGCGGUGUCUUCGAUGGACAUUAUCCCGGCUUCAGUCAGGUCUCAUGGCCACCUUCGUCUUUCUUCUGGGCAGUCGUGAAGAUGCAAAACGGCAAUCCGACGGGCACUGUCAGGUUACGAUCAGCCAACCCAAGAGAAGCACCAGAAAUCAACUUCAACUUCUUCCAGGAGGAUGCUAAUGUUGACAUCACUGCUCUCUCCGAAGGCAUACAGCAUCUCAUGUCGGUUAUGAACGCAACGGGAGAGCCUUACCAACCGUUUGAGAUUAUCGACCCGCCAUCUGAUCGCUCUCUUGAACAACACAUCCGAGACCAUACCUGGGGACACCAUGCAGCUGCGAAGACCGUGACGGAAAAAAAUGCGGAUGUCACAUUACGACUUCUCGAGCAACAUGGAGACGACUUCGGGCCGUUGACUCCCGAAGCGGAAAAGAAACUGCGUCGAAAACUUUACCUCCGCGUGAUGACGCUGUUGUCUGCCAUCAACAUCAUGCUAUUCGUUGACAAAUCGACACUCGGAUACGCUGCUAUUUUGGGCCUUUUCGAGGAAACAGGUAUUCGACAGGCGCAGUAUAACAAUCUAAACACUAUGUUUUACGUCGGUUACUUGGCCUUUCAAUGGCCGGGCCAUUACCUUAUGCAACGGUUGCCGUUCGGCAAGUAUGUUGCUAUCACCGUCUUCACCUGGUCGGUUAUCAUCUUCCUUCACUGCGUAGCGACAAAAUACGCUGGACUUGUUGUAAUGCGACUUGCCUUGGGCGCAGCAGAGGCUGUCAUCGUACCUGCCAUGGAGGUUACCAUUGGCAUGUUCUUCAAUCGUCACGAGCAAUCCUUCUUGCAACCCGUCCUCUGGAUCACUUGCCAAGCGGCGCCUGUGGUCACCGGCUUCAUAUCCUAUGGCCUUCUCUGGGCCACUGGUCCAGUUCUUCCAUGGAAAUUUCUUCAUAUCGUCACAGGAGGUCUCACACUCAUCCUCGCUAUCUGGGUGUGGGUAGACUAUCCCAGUAACCCUGCUGAGGCGCGGUUCCUUACUCUAGAGGAGAAGGUGCAAGUCAUUCGCCGUGUCCACAAGGCUCACCAAAGUUCCAUUGAACAAAAGCAGUUCAAGAAGGAGCAAUUCAUCGAAACCAUGAAAGACCCCGUCUCGUGGCUUUUUGCACUGCAAUCCUUCACGCUGAUGUACUCAAAUAAUCUCAACUAUGGCCAGAAGAACCUCAUCACAACCUCGAUUGGCAUCAAACCCCUAGGGUCAACCUUGGUCGCAGCGGCGGGAGGCGCAUUUGGCGUGGCAUGUUGCAUUGUUGCCACGCUAGCUUUGCGCAGGUGGCCUCGCAACCUGGCUUUGCACGGGACAGUAUGGUGUAUGCCUGCGGUGGCAGGCGGAAUAGCAAUGACUACUGUCGACUGGGAACAGAAACUCGGUUUGCUAGCCUGUCUGAUUCUCGCAGCGUCGACAUACGGUGUCACCUACAUCAUCGCCCUUGGCUGGACUACAUCCACUGCUGCUGGAUACACCAAGAAGCUGACACGCAACGUCAUGUUCAUGCUGGGAUACAGCGUCGGGAACCUUGUCUCGCCACAAAUUUGGGUGCCGAGCAACGGGCCAAGGUUCUACGGUGCGUGGGUCUCCAUGAUUGUCGUCAGCUGGAUUGGGACUCCGCUUAUCCUCUGGAUUAUUCGCUUUAUCCUGGCGCGGAGAAACGCUGAGAGGCAGGAGUAUAUUGCGGGCUUGAGUGAUGACGAGCGGGAGGGAUAUGUUGAGCAAGUGGACGAGAACGGAGAAGUUAUUCGGGUGAAGGUGGAUAUCGCCGUGCUGGACCUGACGGACCUGCAGAACAAGCAGUUCAUAUAUCCUCUGUGA